AUGGCUAUUCAAUUAGAGGAUAAUCAGGUAUCAAGGGGCUCGUUCAAAAGAAGAUCUUUAAUUGCCUUCUUCACAAUCGCUUCAUUAGCAUUGAUUGGAUUCCAAAUCUUUUCAAAAUUCCCAUGGGGUCCUUCAAUCAUUGAACUAUCAAAAGAUUUAUGUCCACAAGGUGAAACUUUACGUCCUGCCUCAUUUAUAAAAGACAACUCAUCAAUUGAAUUCAUCGUUAAGGAUCCACAAUAUCGUGCAGAAUCUGUUAAGAAAAUAUCAGGUGCUGUUAAGAUUCCAACAGUUUCAUUCGAUUAUAAUGAAGAUCCAUUAGUCAACCCUGAACAGUGGAAAAACUUUACCAAGUUCCAUUGGUUUCUAGAAAGUCAAUUUCCUUUAGUAUAUCAAAAAUUAGAAGUUACAAAGCCUAAUAUCUAUGGAUUAGUGUUUGAAUGGAAAGGUUCAGAUCCAAAUUUAAAACCAUUAUUAUUGAUUGCACAUCAAGAUGUUGUUCCAGUUGCAGAAGAAACUUUGUCCCAGUGGAAAUAUCCUCCUUUUGAAGGUGUAUCUGAUGGUAAAUAUGUUUGGGGUAGAGGGUCAUCCGAUUGUAAAGCGUUAUUAGUUGCAGAACUUCAAUCAAUUGAAAGAUUGAUUAAGGAUGGGUUUGAGCCAAGAAGAACAGUAGUAUUAGCCUUUGGAUUUGAUGAAGAAAUUGGUGGUAAAUGGGGUGCUAGUUCCAACUCUAAAUAUUUACAGGAUAAAUAUGGUGAAAAUUCCUUUUUUGCGUUGGUCGAUGAAGGUGGUAGUUCAAUUAGUGUGAUUGAUGAUGUUGCAUUUGCACUUCCAUCUAUAGGUGAAAAGGGGGCUACAAACUUACAAAUAACUUUAAACACACCAGGUGGUCAUUCGAGUGUUCCACCAGAUCAUACAAACAUUGGUAUUAUAUCGAAUUUGAUUAAUGAUAUUGAAUCAACACCUUUUGAACCCUUAUUAACAGAAAAGAAUCCAACUUUGAAUUUUGUUCAGUGUGUUGCAAAAUAUUCGGAUGAAUAUGAUGAUGAUUUGAAGAAAAGUAUUUUUAGAGCUACUAUUGACAAAGUCUCUAAUUCAAAAGUUGUCAAAUUUUUGUCAAGUAUCAAAGGCUACAAAUAUACUAUUCGUACCACACAGGCUGUUGAUAUUAUUCAUGGUGGUGUGAAGUCUAAUGCUUUACCUGAGUUCACAAGUUUAGUCUUAAACCAUCGUAUUGCUGUUGAAUCCUCACUGAAGGAGACAAUUGACAAAAUCAUUGGAAAUUUGAAAGAAAUUGCUAUAAAAUUUGACUUAGGCCUUGUUUAUAAGGAUGAAGAAAUUAUCCAAAAGACUCAAAAUGGAUAUUUUACACUUCUUGGAGGUGAAGGGUUGGAACCUUCUCCAGUUUCAGCAUUAGACAACAAAAGUUGGGAAGUAUUUUCAGGUACAAUCAAACAUAUCAUUGAAGAUUAUGUCUACCCUAACUUAACAACACCAGCUGUCGUUGCUGGUAAUUUGGGUACUGGUAACACUGAUACCAACAGAUAUUGGAAUUUAACCAACAAUAUCUAUAGAUACAAAUUCAGCACUUUGAAUGGUAUUUUGGAUGCUCAUACACAUAGUAUAAAUGAACAUAUAUUGAUCGAUGACUAUAUCCACUUAAUUGCAUUCACUUAUGAAUAUAUAAGAAACGUUGAUGCUGCUGAAGAUGAUUAG